AUGGGCAAGCGUUUGGAGCAGCACCAAAUGUACCCCCAGUACACAUAUUACUACCCCCACUACCUUCAGACCAAGCAGUCGUAUGCUCCACCCCCUCCAUCUAUGGCACCGCCCAGCCCCAGCACCACAGGAGGUGGAGGCCAGGGAGGAGGGAUGGCGGAACAGCUCAGUAAGACCAACCUGUACAUCAGAGGCCUACCACCAUUCACCACAGACCAGGAUCUCAUCAAACUCUGUCAGCCAUAUGGGAAAAUUGUUUCUACAAAGGCAAUUCUGGACAAGAACACCAAUCAGUGCAAAGGUUAUGGUUUUGUGGACUUUGACAACCCUUCAGCUGCACAGAAAGCUGUGACCUCACUUAAAGCCAGUGGAGUACAGGCACAGAUGGCGAAGCAACAAGAACAGGACCCCACCAACCUGUACAUCUCCAACUUGCCUGUGUCAAUGGAUGAGCAGGAGCUGGAGAAUAUGCUGAAACCAUUCGGUCAUGUCAUUUCAACACGGAUAUUGAGGGAUGCCAACGGACUAAGCAGAGGGGUUGGCUUUGCCAGGAUGGAGUCAACAGAGAAGUGUGAUGUGGUGAUUCAAAAUUUCAAUGGAAAAUUCUUGAAAACUCCUCCAGGAAUGACAGCCCCCGCGGAGCCGUUGCUUUGCAAGUUUGCUGACGGAGGCCAAAAGAAGAGGCAGACUCAGGUCAAAUAUUCACAGAACGGACGACCAUGGAUGCGAGAAGGAGAGAAUGGGAUGGCGCUGACAUAUGAUCCAGCCACAAUACAAAAUGGGUUCUAUUCAUCACCAUACAGCAUCUCUACCAAUCGGAUGAUUGCCCAGACGUCAAUCACACCCUUCAUUGCUGCCUCGCCUGUUUCCACAUAUCAGGUUCAGAGUACAUCUUGGAUGCCACAUCAACCUUACGUUAUGCAACCAACAGGUGCUGUGAUUGCACCGUCUGCGUCAAUAGAGCCCAGCUUGUCUCUUCACCCUUCUGGCAUCAUGGCUCCCCUUACCCAGCAGAUGAACCAUUUGUCCUUGGGAACAACCGGGACUUACAUGCCUGCUGCAGCAGCUGCUCCUAUGCAAGGAACCUACAUUCCCCAGUACACUGCAGUGCCUGCUUCUGCCAUCACAGUGGAAGGCGUGGUGACGGACUCAUCUGCACAGACAGCCACCCCUUCUUUGCAAGACAACAGUGGGCAGCAGCCUUUAUCAGUGGAUAACACAGGAGAACACGGCACUGCCUACUCUUACCAGCAGACAAAGUGUGUGGAGGCUUGUCUUUCUAUUAUGAAUUCACUGAAGUAA